AUGAAGAUUUUUUUUGGAAGAAACGAAAAUUAUCAAGAACGCCGACCUCAGAGACAGCAAGUGUCUGUACCUGUCCAAAAACCAUUUUAUCAACAGCCAAAUUUUGCACCUCCGCAAUGGCAGCAACCAAUCAGACAAUUCUACCCACAGAAUCAGUUUCAACAACCACAUCGACAACAAAACUUCAACCAAUUUAGACAAAAUUCAAACCCUCCAGAAUUCAGGACCCAGAACCAGUCAAAUGUAUGGGCACCCAAACCCGGACAGCCUAAGCAGCCUAGACCAACACCUAUGAGUGGAAUAUCAGAAACCACAACCGGAGGCCGUCAAAAUUUUACACCAAAUUACCGAGCACAGCCAAAAUUCACCGUAGAAGAACUUUACAAUAUACAAUGCCACGGAGAUGAGCAAGAAGAGAAUGACAACUACAAUAAUUACUACGAACCUGAAUAUGACAAUUUUCUACAAGAUACAUACGAAAACCAACCAACCGAAUACGAAGAAAACGUAAAUUUUCGAGAGGACCCACCAGAAGCAGCCGAAACGUAA